AUGGGAGACGGAGAUUCGAUGCAGAAGGUUAUUCUUGUCACAGGAGGUACAGGAUUAGUUGGAAAAGCUAUUGAACAGAUUACUAGCACUGAAGACCAACGAUCUGAUGAGAAGUGGCUAUUCAUUGGAAGUAAAGACUGCGAUCUCAGCGAUUUACAAGCCACAAGAAAGUUGUUCGAAGAUGUGCGACCAACUCAUGUUAUUCACUUAGCAGCUAUGGUUGGUGGUUUAUUCCAUAAUCUGGCUCAUAAUCUGGAGUUCUUUAGGAAAAAUAUGGCUAUCAACGACAAUGUUCUUGCUAUGUGUCACGAAUUCGACGUAACCAAAUGUGUGUCUUGUCUUUCUACUUGCAUUUUCCCUGACAAAACAACAUAUCCUAUUGACGAGACUAUGGUUCAUCUAGGGCCUCCUCACGAUUCCAACUUUGGAUAUUCCUAUGCUAAAAGAAUGAUAGAUGUCCUCAACAGAGGAUACGCUCAGGACUACGGUCGGAAGUACACGUCGGUGGUCCCUUGCAAUGUUUUUGGGCCUCAUGAUAACUACAACUUGCAGUCGAGUCAUGUACUUCCGGCUUUAAUCCACAAAACCUACAUCGCUAAGAAAGAAGGGAAAGCGUUAGAGGUUUUUGGAAGUGGUCGCCCUCUCCGUCAGUUCAUUUAUUCACUUGAUUUGGCUCGACUGUUCAUUUGGGUUCUUCGUAGUUACGAGGAAGUAGAUCCAAUUAUCCUGUCGGUUUCUGAAAAGGACGAAGUGUCGAUUGCCGAUGCUGUGAAGGCUAUUGUCAAGGCCUUUGAUUUCAAGGGCGAGGUCAAAUUUGAUGCAUCAAAAGCAGAUGGACAGCUGAAGAAAACAGCUUCUAACGCCAAGCUACGUCGAUACCUACCUGAUUUCCGGUUCACACCUUUCGAACAGGCCAUCAAAGAGUCUGUUGAUUGGUUUGUUGAGAACCAUGAAUCCGCUCGCAUUUAG